CACCCCAUUCUUCUCCAACUUUCUCACUCCAAGAUGAGAAGUCCUCUCAAAAUAAUAAAAAAUCUCACCCACCCCGUUGCUAGACCACCCCACCCUCUGUUUCUCUCCUCAACCCCCAACCCCCCACAAGACCCAAAGCCCCAAAUUCCAUUUGUACCCAUCCCUUCUCCUCCAAAUCCCCAUCCCACCUCUCCCACAAUCCCACCCUCAAAAGCCCAUCUCUACUCCUCCUUCUUCUCCACUCUCAUACAACUCUAUCUCACCUGCAAGAGAUUCUCAGAUGCUUCAAAUGCAUUCAAUCAGAUGAGAAAUCACAGCUUGAUUCCAAACCUCCGAUCAUGGAAUCAGAUUCUGUAUGCAUUCAACGCUGCAGGAUUGAUUGAACAGGUACCAAUUAUCUACUCUGAAUUGCUUUCUUGUAGCAUAAAACCAAACAUUUUCACCCACAAUGUCGUAAUUCAUGCUUUCUGCAAAAUGGGUAGCUUGAAAAUGGCCUUAGAAUUGCUUAGAACGGUUGAAACCGACGAGGUCAGCUAUAACACUAUCAUUUGGGGGUUUUGCAAUGAAGGGAAUGUUGAAUCGGGAUUUGGGUUUUUGUCGGAAAUGGUCAAGAGGGGUGUUCAGGUCGAUGCAGUUAGCUUCAAUACUCUGAUUCAUGGAUUUUGCCAAAAAGGGUUGUUGGAGAAGGCAGAAAUGAUGAUGGAGAUGUUGGUUAGUGGGGGGAUCGGUGUAGAUGUCGUUGGAUUCAAUACAUUGAUCGAUGGGUAUUGUGAAUUUGGGAUGGUGGGGCCCAUGGUUGAGUUGAUAGAGAGGAUGAGGAUGGAGGGUGUGCAGCCGGAUAUCGUUAGUUACAAUAGUUUGAUUAAUGGGUUUUGUAAGAUUGGGGAAUUUGGUAAGGCGAAAGAUCUAAUGGACGAGAUUCUGGGUCUCAGGAGGGAUGUUUGUGGGUCGAAUAUCAAAGAUUUGGAUUUGGAGCCGAAUGCGAUAACACACACGACUUUUAUAAGUGGGUAUUGUAGAAAGGACGGGCUCGAGGAAGCUUUUUCGUUAUAUGAGGAGAUGGUUAGGAGUGGGAUCUUGCCUGAUGUUGUUACCUACAGUUGUUUGAUUGCGGGCCUUUGCAAGAAUGGGAAGCUUGCUGAAGGGGAGAUGCUUUUUAGGGAGAUGGAGAAGAUGGGUGUGUGUCCUAACCAUGUGUCAUAUGCUACUCUGAUCGAUUCGUUCUUCAAGGCCAGGAGAGUGAAGGGGCCGUCUGUUCUUCUGGGUGAAAUAGUUGUUCGGGGGAUUGCGUUUGAUUUGGUUUUGUGCACUGCUUUGAUGGAUGGGCUUUUCAAGGCAGGGAAGGUGGAUGAAGCGGAGCGCAUGUUUCGGACAAUGUCAAAGCUCGGCCUCGUUCCGAAUCAUGUUUCAUAUUCUGCAUUGAUUGAUGGGCGGUGCAAGGUAGGAGAUAUGAGGGGGGCGGAGUUGGCACUGCAAGAGAUGGAGAGGGAAAUUGGAGGCGGAAAUGUUGUCACGUACUCUUCUAUCAUGAAUGGGUAUGCACGGAAAGGAAUGCUGGUUGAAGCCACCAAUGUUAUGGAGAACAUGAUUGGGAAAAAUGUGCAUCCGAAUGUUUUCACUUACGGUAUACUAGUUGAUGGGUACUUCAAGGCAGGUAAGGUAGAAGCAGCUUUUGACAUUUAUAAGGAAAUGAGGAGGAAAGGUCUAGAGCCGAACAACUUCAUACUCGAUGCUCUUGUAAAUGGUUUGAGAAAACAUGGGAGGAUGGAUGAAGCGGAGAGCUUAUUUAAAGAUAUGAUAGGUGGUGGAUUAUUGCCUGACCGUGUCAACUACACUUCUUUGAUGGAUGGUCUCUUCAAAGCGGGGAAUACAUCUGGAGCUUUCAAGAUUGGCCAAGAAAUGAUGGAGAAAAAUCUAGCGCCUGAUGUUGUCUCAUACAAUGUCUUCAUCAAUUGCCUCUGUAAGAUGGGGAAGCAUGAUGAGGCAUGGUCGUUUUACACAGAAAUGAAAGAUUUGGGCCUGGAUCCCGACCAAGCUACGUACAACACCAUGAUUGUUUCGCAUUGCAAAGAGGGAAAGAUGGACAGAGCUCUUGAACUUUUUAAUGCGAUGAAGGUUAAUGGGCUGAUGCCGAAUAUCAUCACAUACAACUCCCUAUUGGGAGGGCUUUGUGAGGUGAGGAACAUGCAAAUGGUGAUUGAUUUGAUGAAUGAAAUGGCCAAUUUGGGGUUUUGCCCGAACAACGCUACACAUGGCAUAGUGCUCCGUGCCUGUUCCAAGAUGGAUCGUGUAGAUAUCAUUCUUCAAAUACAUGAGAGAUUGUUAGCUACGGGACUCAAACCUGAUCUAACAGUUUAUAAUACUCUAAUCAGGAUUUUAUGCUCACAUGGGAUGACAUGGAAAGCCACUUGUGUGUUGAAGGAGAUGUCGAGAAGAGGAAUUUCGGCAAAUACCAUCACUUACAAUGCUUUCAUUCAUGGUUAUUGCAUGAGUGGCCAUCUAAAGUGGGCAUUUGCUUCGUAUUCUAAAAUGGUUCUUGAAGGGGUUACCCCAAACCUCACAACUUACAACACCAUGCUCAAUGGGCUCAUGACUGCUGGCUUGAUGCGAGAGGCCGACGAAUUGAUUGAUGAGAUGAAGAGACGGGGCUUUGUCCCUGAUGCCGUUACCUAUGGUUUGAUGGUUGCAGGCCAUGCAAAGAAAAGUAAUAAGAAGGAAUCCAUUAGGCUUUACUGUGAAAUGGUGAGGAAAGGUUUUAUACCGAAGGUUGGUAUAUACAAUGCACUUAUUGCCGAUUUCGCCAAGGUGGGCACGAUGGAUCAAGCUCGAGAAUUUCUAAAUGAAAUGCAAAGGAGAGGGGUGAUGCCGAACUCUUCGACGUAUGACAUACUGAUAAGUGGGUGGUGCAAGCUGUCAAAUGGAGCUGAGGUGAAAAGGCUGUUGAAAGAGAUGAAUGAGAAGGGGUUUGUUCCAUGUGAAAGUACCCUUGGCUGUAUUAGUAACAUCUUUGCAAAACCAGGAAAGAAGAAGUAUGCUCGGAGAUUGUUAGGAAGAUUGUAUAAAAAUCUAGAAUAACGACCGGUGAAACAGAAAACACUGUUUUGAAUGGAAGACUGUCAAGUUGCAAAAAAGAAAAACCAUGAUGAGAACUUAAUUCUGUCUGCAACUGUGGAAAUCUUCACUUUUGAAUAUUUGGAUGAGUUGGGUCUGAUUGAUUUGAAGCUCUCUAUCCAACUUCCAAAUAUAUCUGUCAAAGGUCUGUGCCGAAGUAGGUCAGAUGGGGAGCUUAAAAUGGAGGCAAACAAGACCAGUCAGCAGAGGCAGCGUACUAAAAGGGAAUGGCCCUUGUAGAAAGAGUAAACUUUUAAAGGUUGAAAAGGCACUGUCAGUUAUGAGCCUGCCAGCACCAAUGAUUUUGACAAUACGACAAAGAAAUCUGUGCUUGAGGGAUGUGACUCAUCAGACGUAUUCGAAUGGAGCUUUGAAGAAUUAAAGAAAUGGGUGGAUGUGGAAUCCUCAAAGUAUGCCAUUGCCAUGCGCUUGGUGUCAUGUGAGAAACGUUGUGGAAAGCUUGGAAGUUGGAACUGCAUUGGAGACGGUGAGAUUUCUCCAGUCAGGAACAUGGCACUGGGCCGACAGAGGUGGCACAUACGAUAUGGGUGAAAUGUACAACAUGCACUGCACUUUUAUUUUAUUUUAUUUUUAUUUUUUAAAUUUUAAAUUAUUAAAUUGCACAUUUUCCUGUGUAAAAACCAAAUCUAUGUGGGCCAUAGAAUCGGCCCUAUGUUGCAUGUUUAAGCUAAUAUCAGCUUUGUAAUGAGCCAUUACAAAUUUGAAUUGAAAUUCCCUAAGGUUUGGUAUUUAGAUGAGCAUGGAGAAUAUGAAAUGUGAUUAUUAUGUUAGCUACGCGGUUGCAAUGCCGAAAAAAUAAAAUAAAAAAGAAGGAUUGAGCCAUGA